AGUAGUUGCUCACGAGCGGCGUUGCAAGCCUGACUGAGUGAUUUGCUCCGCUGUCUGACUAAUUGUGUUUCCUUUCUUUUCUUUUUAUAACACUUGAAAAUAACAAAAUAUAUAAUCACAGGUGAGAAAGCGAUAAUACAUUCUCGGCGUCAGAAGCUUACACUGCUCUAUACGACAAAAACAAAAUAUGACUUACUUAACCAUUACAUCACAUGCCCCCAAUAGAGUCCUCUACCUGCUUCCUCCUCCUCCUCCUCCUCUGUGACUCACUAAAACUGUUAAAGCCUUCCCUCACCCAAUCAUAAUCUUGCGUCCUUCCCCCCCAAAACGCCUUCGUUUUGAUGUUCCUCUCUCCUGCUUCCCCGCCGGCCCCGGCUACUUCCCCGCCUCCCGCAGAUUCCUUACCUUUGACGUCAUCACCUCCAGCUCCUCCUUUGUCUCCUGUUUCCCCGCCAUUUACCUCUCCUCCUCCGUUGCCUCCCCCACCGCCUCUCUUUGCUCCCACCGCUUCCCCACCGUCUCCUCCGGUUGUAUCUCCUCCGGUAGAGUCUCCAUCUCCACCGUCUCCUCCCGUAGUGUCUCCACCGUCUCCUCCGCUAGUGUCUCCACCGUCUCUUCCGGUAGAGUCUCCAUCUCCACCGUCUCCUCAGGCCUCAGCUCCUUCCGGUUCACCGCCAUUGCCCUUCCUUCCCGCCAAACCGUCUUCUCCGCCUUCUCCGCUUCCUACCGAGACAUCACCGCCUGUUAAAACCAUUUCCCCGCCACCUCCUUCACCUCCCUCCGUUUCAAUCCCGCCGGUGAAUACGGCUUCUCCUCCACCGCCGUCUCCUCCUCGUCGCCGUGGCCCUAAGCCUUCGCUUACUCCUCCCACCAGUUCUUCCCCACCAAAACCGUCUCCGUCUCUUCCGGAAACUUCUCCUCCACUUAAACCACCGCUCUCAACGACGCCAUUCCCCUCUUCAUCUACUCCGCCGCCGAAGAAGUCGCCGGCAGCUGCAACUCUUCCUUUCUUUGGGCCUACUGGCCCACUAACGGGGACAGUAGCACCACCUAUUGGGCCCGUUAUAGAGCCCAAGACAAGUCCCGGCGUAUCAAUAUCUCCGGGAACGCCACAGCCACUUGUACCGAAGAGUCUGCCGGAGACGACGUCGUAUCACCGCUCUUCCGCCGGAUUCUUAUUUGGUGGUGUAAUCGUUGGAGCUCUUCUACUUGUUCUGUUGGGACUUCUCUUUGUCUUUUACAGAGCUACCAGAAAUAGAAAUAACAGCAACGACUCUUCUCAUCAUCAAUCCAAAACUCCAUCAAAAGUUCAACAUCAUCGAGGCGGUAAUGUUGGUCCAAACCAGGCACAUAUUAUCACAAUGCCACCUCCAAUCCAUGCUGCACCACCUAAAUAUUCAUCUAGUGGAAGUCGUGGUACAAAGGAGAACAAUGAUGUUUCAAUGCCAUCUGGAAUGUUCACCUAUGAAGAACUUUCAGAGGCAACCGAUGGGUUUUCUGAGGCGAAUCUUUUGGGAGAAGGCGGUUUCGGUUACGUUCACAAAGGGAUGCUGAAAAACGGGGUAGAAGUUGCGGUGAAGCAGUUGAAGAUUGGGAUCUUUCAAGGGGAAAGAGAAUUCCAAGCUGAGGUUGACACAAUCAGUAGGGUUCAUCAUAAGCACCUCGUUUCGUUGGUUGGUUAUUGCGUUAAUGGGGAUAAAAGACUCUUGGUUUACGAGUUUGUUCCUAAAGAUACGUUGGAGUUCCACUUACAUGGAAACAGAGGAACUGUGUUGGAGUGGGAAAUGAGGCUCAGGAUUGCUGUAGGAGCAGCAAAAGGAUUAGCGUAUCUUCAUGAGGAUUGCAGUCCAACUAUAAUUCACCGUGAUAUCAAAGCAGCUAAUAUCCUUCUAGAUUCCAAAUAUGAGGCAAAGGUCUCUGACUUUGGACUAGCCAAGUUUUUUUCAGACACCAAUUCAUCAUUCACUCAUAUCUCUACUCGAGUGGUAGGAACUUUCGGAUAUAUGGCUCCAGAGUACGCGUCUAGUGGGAAAGUAACUGAUAAAUCAGAUGUAUAUUCAUUUGGGGUCGUGCUUCUAGAACUCAUCACUGGACGUCCAUCAAUUUUUGCCAAAGAUCCUACCACAAACCAGAGUUUAGUUGAUUGGGCGAGGCCAUUGCUUGCAAAAGCGAUUUCUGGAGAAAAUUUUGACCUUGUCGUAGACCAGAGGCUGGAAAUGAAUUAUGACACCACUCAGAUGGCAAACAUGGCUGCUUGUGCUGCUGCUUGCAUUCGCCAAUCAGCUUGGCUUCGUCCCCGAAUGAGCCAGGUAGUACGUGCUCUUGAAGGUGAAGUGGCCUUAAGAAAAGUCGACGAGACAGGGAAUAGCAGGACAUAUAGCUCUUCUGAAAACCCGAAUGACAUCACACCACGUUACGGAACAAGUAAGAGAAGAUUCGACACUGGUUCAAGCGAUGGUUACACUUCAGAAUAUGGAAUCAACCCAUCUCAGUCGAGCAGUGAACAACAUGUGAGUACUUAGUUAAGGUUCCAUCGGGUAAGUUUCACCAAAAUUAUUGGCUUAUUAGGAUACAAUCAUCAGGGGUUAACAAAAAAAGUGGUAAGAAAUUAGGCUACUUCAUUCAUUUGUAGCUAAGGGUUAUAAAGAACACUGCUUGUGUUCAUUUGGUGAUCGUUUAUGUACAAAUUUGUUGUAAUAUUGGGGCACAAGUUUAAUUAUUCUGAAAUUUAACUUCUAUUU